AUGUUACGAUUUGGCAAUACAUCAAUAUCCUAUCAUCCAAUUGAUAUUACAAAUAACAAUACUUAUUCGAAAUGGAAUAAAUCGAAAAAAAUUCUUUUAAUAUCUAUUAUUUUUACAAUUAUUUUUCUUGUUUUAUGCACUGUCAUUUUUAUUUCAUUAAAAAUUUACCUAAACAAUAAACAGAAAUUGAAUAAUUCUACAUUUAUUACAAAUUUAUCAUCAACUACUCAAUUAUUACCAAUAAUAACAACAGAAAAUAAUAGUACGAUAAAUUCAUCAAUUUAUUCUAGUCCAUUUUAUCCAACAUAUGAUAAAUUUGGUAGAAUAGUGGCUGGUAAUACUUUGGAAUAUGGAAAGGAUUUCAAUCAUUUAAAUUAUCCAUCAUGUGUUUAUCUUGAUAGUAAGAAAAAUAUUUAUAUUUGUGAUACUGAAAAUAAUAGAAUAAUGAAAUAUUCAAGAGAUAAUCCAACAAAUGGAACAAUAAUAGUUGAUGCUUUUUCGGCAAUAAGUAGUCCAAAAGAUCUUUAUAUUGAUCAGAAAACUGACGAUGUAUAUAUUCUUGAUAGGAGUGAAUUAAAUUGUUAUCGUGUUCUAUAUUUAUUAAAGAAUCCUACUCAAACAAAAGUAAUUAUUAUUUUAAAUGGAAAUAGAUGUGAAGCUUUAAGUAUAGAUUUUGAUAAUCAUAGAAAUAUUUAUGUAUCAGAAACUGAAAAUCAUCGUAUUGUUAAAUGGUUAUCUCCAAAUUAUGACGAAUUUAUUGUUGUAGCUGGAAAUGGAAAACCAGGAAAAUUAUUACAUCAAUUAACUUCUCCACGAGGAAUAUAUAUUAAUAAAAUAAAUAAUGAUUUAUAUAUUGCUGAUUAUAAACGUAUACAACUUUGGACAUCAGGAUCGACUAUAGGAAAAACAAUUGUACGAACUUCAUUCUUUUCACCAUACGAUAUUAAACAAGAUCGUUAUAGCAAUCUUUAUGUUACUGAUGAUGUUUCUCAUACUAUUCAGUUAUUUAGUCAAUCAAUUGAAGCUACUGGAUUAGAAGGCAUUACUAUUUUUGGUAUACCAAAAAAACGGACAUAUAAAGACGGAUUAAUAAAUGCAACUGAUUAUUUAUAUGGUCCAAAAGGACUUUAUCUUGAUGAUACAAAUGGAGAUUUAUAUGUAGCAGAUUCGAAUUUUCAUCGAAUACUUAAAAUAUCGAUUAAUGGUCAAUUUAUUCCAGGUAAAAAAAUCAAUUCAUCAUUAUAUAGUUGUGAUCUUCCAAUGAAUAUUACUUGGCAAACCAAUAAUGCAAUAGUUAUAGUCAAUUUUACGAAUAAAUAUUUUUCUGUAGAAGAAUUAUAUAUUGAUAAAAAAAAUAAUUUUUUUUUUAUUGAUAAAUAUAAUAACAAAAUUCAAAAGUAUUCAUCAUGGGGUAUUAUAAAUAUUAUUAGUCAAGGUUUAAUGGAACCAAAAAGCAUUUAUGUUGACAGUUCAACUGAUGAUAUUUAUAUACUUGAUAUGAAUUCUAAUUCAAUGGAAAACAUUUAUAGGGUCCAAUUAUGGCAACAAAAUUCUGCUAAUGGAAUAGUUCUCAUCAAUGGAACUGGUAAAAGUAAUUCUAUGAUUGUUGAUCAAAAUUUAAAUAUUUAUAUAAGUGAGUAUGAUAAUAAUAGAAUUAAAAAAUGGUUGAAACAUACAAAUUAUACAAUCAGUAUAACAGUAAUUGGAAAUGGAUGGGAUUAUUAUGGAAAUUAUCUAUUAUCAAAUCUAGACAAGUUUUAUCUUGAUGAGAAAAACGAGAUAAUUUAUAUAGUUAAUUUUAAAAAAUCUCAUAUUAUCAAAUGGAGAUUAGGUAAUGAAAAAAGAACAGGUGAAAUUAUAUAUUCUAAUCAAAUUCUAUCUUCUGUAUUGGGAGUAACAUUUGAUUGUAAUAUGAAUAUUUACUUUUUUAAUUCAUCUUCUGAUGGAAUUUAUCAAAUCAAUAUAUUAACAAAUCAAAUAAGAAAAAUUGUCACAUGGACAGCAAAUUAUAAUAUUCAAUCUAAAUCUAUACAAGGAUUUAAAUUUGAUUCAUUUGGAAAUCUUUAUUUACAUAUUAUGGAAAGAUUUUAUUGGAAUCAUUUUGAAAAUAAUCGAAUAAUAAAGUAUUCAAUAAUUCGAUAA